CGAGUCGUUUAAUCUUACAACUGUAGCUCGACGUUUUCAGACAAAUUCAAAUACUUGCUGUUUAACAUACUUACAUUUCUUUAUUUUUUGGCUUUUAAUUGCUGGGUCUGGGACUCGGGGACUAGGUCAGUGCUUAGUUUGGGUCCGGAUGACCCGUCGUGGGUGACGAGUGAUUUUUCAGUGCGUAGUUGACGUCUAUAUUUAUGCGCGGUCCAAAGACGGCUUUUUGAAGGACUUUCACUCUUACUGAACGCCCAGCGGCAUCUAUUACACUAUGAUCCGAUAAAUGUUAAUCAAGAUUUUAUUUUCGAUUCCUGCAAAAAAAUGUAAAAGAUGAUUGAAGAUUGAACUGGGAAAGAUAUGACCGGUAGUCGUCAUAACAAUCGUGGUCGAAGUGUGCCGAGCUGUAAAGGUAUCAAAGAUGCUUCGAUCACACCCAAUACAACUGCCAGUGGGACUGGAACAGCAACAACCGGCAGUGCCACAACCAGUGACAGAGGUAAACACACAGUUCACUGGUUCAGAAAAGGACUCAGACUACAUGACAAUCCCUCGCUGAGGGAGGGUCUCAGUGGUGCAAAUACCUUCCGAUGCGUUUUUGUCAUCGAUCCUUGGUCAGCUGGAAGUAAAAGUAUCGGCAUCAACAAGUGGAGAUUUCUUCUCCAGUGUCUUGAAGAUCUCGAUGCCUCGCUCAGAAAAUUGAACUCGCGGUUGUUUGUAAUUCGCGGCCAGCCGGCAGAUGUGUUGCCAAAAAUUUUCCGCGAAUGGGGCACCACUAAUCUCACAUUCGAGGAAGAUCCGGAACCUUUUGGCCGGGCGAGAGACCACAAUAUCGCUACUCUGUGCAAAGAACUUGGGAUCUCUGUUCUGCAGAUGGUUUCGCAUACGCUUUACAAAUUAGAUGAAAUUUUAGACAGAAAUGGAGGAAAGCCGCCAUUGACUUAUCACCAGUUUCAAAAUAUAGUCGCGGGAAUGGACCCUCCGAUUUCUCCAGUCCCGUCGAUAACGGCCGAGAGUCUUGGCGAGGCUUACACACCUCUCAGAGAUGACCAUGACGAUUUAUACGGAGUGCCGACUCUUGAAGAACUCGGAUUCGAUACAGAAGGUCUUCAGUCAUCGGUCUGGGUCGGCGGUGAAAGUGAAGCAUUAGCACGUCUAGAACGUCAUCUAGGUCGUAAAGCAUGGGUCGCUAGCUUUGGAAGACCCAAAAUGACACCGCAGUCUCUAUUACCCAAUCAAACAAGUUUAUCACCUUAUUUACGAUUUGGUUGUCUCAGCACCAGACUUUUUUAUUACCAGCUCAGAGAUUUAUAUAGAAAGAUAAAAAAAGCAUCACCACCGCUGUCACUACACGGACAGUUGCUGUGGCGGGAAUUUUUUUACUGCGCGGCAACUAAAAAUCCAAAUUUUGAUCGGAUGCAAGGCAACCCCAUUUGUUUGCAAAUUCCUUGGGAUAAAAAUAAUGAAGCUUUGGCUAAAUGGGCAAAUGGUCAAACCGGAUUUCCGUGGAUAGACGCAAUAAUGACGCAAUUGCGUGAGGAGGGUUGGAUUCAUCAUCUUGCUCGUCAUGCAGUCGCUUGUUUUUUGACAAGGGGCGAUCUCUGGAUCUCCUGGGAAGAAGGGAUGAAGAUAUUCGACCAACUAUUACUCGACGCCGAUUGGUCUGUUAAUGCCGGCAUGUGGAUGUGGCUCUCAUGCAGUUCAUUUUUCCAACAAUUUUUUCACUGCUACUGCCCAGUUCGUUUUGGCCGCAAGGCCGAUCCAAGUGGUGACUACAUCAGACGAUAUUUACCAGUACUGAAAAGUUAUCCAACCCGUUACAUACACGAGCCAUGGGUGGCGCCUCUAUGCGUCCAGCGAUCUGCUAAAUGUAUAAUAGGACGUGACUAUCCAUUGCCGAUGGUGAACCAUAGCAAAAGCUCACGCAUCAACAUUGAACGUAUGAAACAAGUGUAUCAACAACUCAGCAAGUACCGUGACAACGGAGUCAUCGCUAACGGGGAAACUAUAGGUCUGAUGAGGAUCAUUGGGCACACAUCAAAGACCAAUGAGGAACAAGAGGUGACAAAAAAAAAGGUUUCAUCUCCUCAUCCUUCUGCGAUCGCCGAUGAACAAAAAAUGAUUACUAGUUCUUUUGAAGCUAAUAUUUCUACACAUAAUUAAAUUAUCAAAUAAUUUAUAUAUAUACAUAUAAAUAUAUAUCUAGACUAUUAAGUUACUACUGUUAUUAUUUAUAUUAUUACUUCGUAAAGCUAAAAAAGAAUUUAAAAUUUAAAUAACUUGUAAAAUAUUGAGUCUACAGAAAAAUAUAAAGAAUACUUUUUUAUAGGAAAUUUAAUUCUCUAUAAAUUUGUUCCUAUACAAUUUUACCGUAUCUUUCAUAGAUAAUUAGUAAUUUUAAUUUUUAACUACUCAGCUCAUGUAUCAACUGAAAGCUCCUAUUAGUAUCCUCACGUUUAAACUUAAAUUCUGACUAAACUAUCGAAGAUACAGCAAAUUUGUAUCAAUACAAUUUUGUAGGAAAUUAAAUUCUCUACAAAAAAGUAUCAAGUGAAUUUUUCCGUAAACUCAAUUGUUUAGACACAAUUUUAAUUUGAAGACAAAUAUACAAAAAUUGAGGACUUGUUUUUUAAUUAUAGCGAAACUUGAAAUAAAUUCUACCACUGCUACAAUUAUUUUUUUUAUAAAUAUAAAUGAUAAGAUUCCUCAAGUGCUUCUCGACAGUCAUUAAAAGUUUUCUCUCUUUAGUAAUUUUUUAAAAUAUUUUAAUACAAGCAAAGGCUUUUAUAAAGCCCACAGUUAAGCCGCAAAUUAAAUUGCAUGUCGUAAUACUUUAUUCAGUAGCAUUUAUAUUAAUUAUUAAAAAAUUUUUAAAAUACUUUUUUUAAUGAACUUUUA